GGAUGCUACUUCACAUUUAAAAGCAAAUAUCUCCUCCGUCGUUGAGGCUAAGAUGCUGAAGACGGAGGCUUCCUCUGAGAGGACUAACCUAAGGAGUGCCUCGCCACACAGAAAUGCUUACAGGGCAGAGUUCCAGGCUUUGAAAAAGGCUUUUGAUCAGCCCAGACAGGAUGGUGAGUCCAAGCUCAAAGAUCCAGAACGAAUCCGGCAGCCUCGUGGUCGCCAGUAUGGUGCACAUGUCAGCCGUAUCAAGGACAUGUUCAUGCAGAUGGGAACAGAUAAGACAUGUUCCAGCAAGUCCAGAGCAAGAGAAGAGGCAUCUCCACAGAAACUUACCAAACCAACAAACUUCAUAAACAAGGCAGAUGGCUCAGUAAUAAAACUUCAGCAUGGUGACAAAUCGGGUAACUCAAAGUUCUCAGAAACGAGGAAGCUCUUUGAGCAAAGCUCCAGAGAUACGUCCCAGUCUCCUGUCUACUCAUACGGCAGAGAUAAACGAGGUUCUCAUGAGCAUUUGGAUGACUGGAGGGGGGCCCGUUCCAACAGGGGAAGCACAGACUCAUUGGAUAGUCUGUGCUCAAGAACAGAAGCCUCCUCGCCAACGGUCAGCCAGCUCAGUGCUGUGUUUGAAAAUUUAGACCAGCAGGGCCCAGGCGGCACGUUUCGGAAAGUCCACAGAGAUGGUCGCGCUCUUUACUCCCCAGAUGGCUCACACAGACAAGGCGAUGCCAGUGAAGAUGACACCAGUGCUCAUCAGUCACCAUCAACAGGGGUGAGUAGGACACGUGUUGGGAGCAAGCACACUAUGCCAGUUUCAUCCUCCUCAGAAGACCUUCUCAGUCCAAGCCCUUUGUCUGAGGGACCAGAAUAUGCAAAAGCAGUUGAUGAGAAGAAGCACCAGGAGAGAAACGGGGUGGAACAUUUGGAUGUAGCAACAUCAGAUGUUAUAUAUGGAUCAAAUGAGCAAAAAGAAGAUCCUACACCAAUUAGUGACACCACAGUUUGUAACACACCACAGGAAAAUGCAUCUGACUCCUUAGCCAUCACGGUUCAAAAGGAUACGCAGGAACCCGUCAAUGAUGACUCAAGCGUAACAGUGAAUAAAACAGAAAAGUUCAACGAGGAAUACUGUUGCAGUGAGAGGGUUAUAUUUAAUGCAGAUGGGGACGCCUGCUACCAGGGCUGGGGCGAGAGCUGCACUGAUGUAGAGGAUGAUUUGUAUGGGGACGAUGAGAACUUUGAUCCUGGAUCAGAGAUAACUGAGGUUCCUGGCCUUCCAGAGGAGAAGAAGGAGGAUAUCCCCACAAAGAGGAAAAUACGAUUUAGCACUGCCCCUAUAACAGUUUUUAAUACUUACUCAAAUGAGGAUUAUGAUCGAAGAAAUGAGGAGGUGGAUCCUGUGGCAUCCUCAGCAGAAUAUGAACUGGAAAAGAGAGUGGAAAAACUGGAACUUUUCCCAGUGGAGCUGGAAAAGGAUGACGAUGGCUUGGGCAUCAGCAUAAUUGGCAUGGGUGUUGGAGCAGAUGCUGGCUUAGAGAAGCUGGGUAUCUUUGUCAAGACUGUUAUCGAAGGUGGAGCAGCAGAAAGAGAUGAAAGGAUUAAGGUGAACGAUCAGAUUGUGGAGGUUGAUGGUACCAGUCUGGUGGGGGUGACACAGAGCUUUGCUGCCUCUGUAUUACGAAACACACAAGGUGUGGUCAGAUUUGUAAUUGGUCGGGAGCGUCCAGGUCAGGAAAGCGAGGUGGCCCAGCUAAUCAGUCAGACUCUGGAGCAGGAGAGACGUCAGAGAGAGAUGAUGGAGCAGCAGUAUGCACAGUAUGAUGCUGAUGAUGACGAGACAGGAGAAUAUGCUACAGAUGAGGAAGAUGAUGUUGGACCAGCUGGUACAAAGAAAGAUGUGACAAUUGAGGUUUUCGAUUUGCCUGAAAAUGAGGACCUGAUCUCACCAUCUGAGCUGGAUGCCACCAAACUCUACCAGAAAUUCAAAGAGCUACAGAUCAAGCACAGUGUCACUGAGGCUGAGAUCCAGAAACUCAAAAACAAGCUGGCAGCAGUGGAGAAAGAGAAGGCACGCUGGGAGAGAGAAAAGAGCCAGCUAAAGCAGAGCAUUGAGGAUAAUAAAGAGAGGAUGUUGAAGCUGGAGAGCUACUGGAUCGAGGCUCAGACACUCUGCCACACAGUGAAUGAGCACUUGAAGGAGGCUCAGACUCAGUACCAGGUCCUGGAGAAGAAAUACAACAAGGCCAAGAAACUCAUCAAGGACUUCCAGCAGAAGGAGAUGGAGUUUGCCCAGAGGGAGGAGGCAGAGAAAAAGAAGCUCGAGGAAGUGGAGAAGGCUCAUUUAACUGAGAUCAAUGGUCUGCAAGUGAGGAUUGCAGAGCUGGAGUCUGAACUAUUGCAGCUGAUGAAACAAAAUGGCAUUCAAGUAAACAACAAUAAUAACAACAGAGUGGAGAGCCACGGACAUCUGUUUGAUGGGCCUGCUACCCGGCAGUGUCCUGAGAGAUGCUUUACUCCUGGAGAGUUGCCCCAGGCAGUCUGUGUGGGCAGUGAGUUGCUGAAGGGUCAGAGCCAGCAGCUUGGAGACAACAUCAGCUUAACCACGGGUCAAAAGAGCCACCAACAAAGGGGUACUCAUACACUGCCCCCUGGAGAAGAUGAGUCCAGAGCCACUAAAGUUUCUGACAGUGAGAGUCCCCCAGUGGCAUCAAACCUUUCUACUAAUCAAAGUGAUAAACACAGCAAGAAAAUUCUGGACAUGGGAGAACCCUCAGUAGAGAACAGCGCAGAGAAACCAAGCAAGGCUCCUGAUUUACACAAUGACCUCAGUAUCAGCAGCUCUAGCUCAGCAGAGAUCAGUGGUAUUAUCAACAAGCCCAAACUGACUAGCACACUGUCUUCUAAUGAGAUUCUAAAUAAAGAGCGGCCAGUGAAGCAGCACCAGUGGCAGAACUGCAGCGUGCUGGACUGGCCAUGUCAGCAAGUGUGUUCCUGGCUUAUGGGCCUAAAUCUGGAUCAGUACAUUUCUCAGUUCACUUCGAAAAAUAUAGAUGGAGAGCAGCUUCUGGAGCUUGAUAGUGCAGCACUAAAGGAUCUAGGUGUAGCCUCCGCUCAGGACCGAGCUUUGAUUGAGAACAAGCUUAAGGACCUAAAAAUGAUGAUGGAGAAGGCCUGCAAAAACAAGAAAAAGGUGGAAAAGCAGAAUGAAAAAUUACAAAAGAAAGAACUGGAGCAUGUAGAGAAACAAUGUCGCAAAAACAGCCAGAUCUCAGAGCCAGGAAUGGGUGCAACAGAGUGACUCCCGAAUUACGCUUGGCCUUUUUUUAUCACUUAAGUAACUGAUGAUGCAAACCAGGGCUGUUUUGGCAGACACAAUCUUACUGAAAAAGGCACUGCUACUGAGCUGCCACCAAAUCACUCAGUCCUGAUUGAGAUUCAGUUUCUUCAGAAGGACUUUAUGUAGUUUUAAUUUUAGAUGAGAUUUUUUUUAUUUUACAAAGGUUUUAGAUUGAUCUCUCUCUGUGAUUUCAUUGUCUGAGAAAUGUCUAUUUAUUCGGGUUUUAAGAAAAUGUACAUUUUGCCAGAGUACAUAUAAGCUUAAAAUAAAUUCAUAAGCAACUUUAGACAUAUUUAUAAUGCAUAUA